UGACACGCAGAUGGCUCGGCUCACGUCAACGGAGCUCGAAGAGAUGCACAUGGUGUACGACCAUUUUCAAUUUUCACGCGAAGUCUUGAACAAUUUUGUUCUUGAAAAACUCGAAUUCAGAUGCAGAUGCACUUUGAUUUGAUUCUUCAGAAGUAGUUUAGAACGAUGAAUCAGAUGAUGGAAAAAUGUUCUUCUGACAAUGAAGAUCCAGAGAAAAAGCAGAAGGAAAAAGAGGAUGUUACUGCAGAUCCAGAAUUCUUUAGCUGCAUGCUUCAGCCAUGUUCCGCGAACUCCGAUCCUAAUUACAUCGGGGCCCGCCGUCUUCUACUAUCUCGCAAGGCUCGAUCCGGUGUUCUUCAGCGAAAGGAUUGGAGAUGCAAUGGCAAAGGCUAUGUUGGUUAUCGCAAUUUUAUUACCAAAUUGGAGAAUCGAAUGAAGUUGCAGUCACCUAGCCACCUGAGUAGUCCUGGAACCAGUGGGCAAUGGGCACCAUCUUCAGGUCCAGCCUCCAUUACACAUGACAUAGACAGCUGGAGUUUUAGCAGGGAUCCAAGUGAAAGCCAAACAGUGAGUCGCACAAACAGUAUAAGAUCAAAUUUAAGUGAAACUGAUCAUUCACGUAGAAAAACUGAACCAGCAUAUUCUUUUGUGGGAAUGCAUUGCAUAUUUGAUGAAUGCAAAUCCAUGGUUACUGUUAUAAAGUUUGGGAAUAUGAGCUCUGAUUUACUUGCAUUUGGAGCAACUGAUGGAACUUUGUCAGUUUGUACUGUUUCUGAGCCACCUUCAGUUAUGAAGAAGUUAAUUGGUCACUCAAAAGAUGUCACAGAUUUUGACUUCACAAUGAACAAUCAUUACAUUGCAUCAUCUUCACUGGAUAAAACUGUGAGAGUGUGGGAUAUACCAAAGGGCCUUUGCAUUCGAGUAAUUUACGGAGUUGCCCCUCAGCUAUGUAUCCGAUUUCACCCUGUGAAUAAUAACUUCCUUUCAGUUGGCAAUGCAAACAGAGAAAUUUCGGUAUUGAAUUUUAGCACAGGAAGAUUAACAGAUAAAAUAGUUGUGGACAGCAAGGUUACUGCGAUGGAUUAUGACAAUACUGGGCAAUUUAUUUUUUGUGGGGAUGCACACGGGUAUCUAUAUACAGUAUCUGUUAACUCCCAUCAAGGUACCUUAUCUAGGUCCCAUCGUGCUAGAAAUAGUAGCAAGAGUAAAUCUGAAAUCACUACUAUCCAAUAUAGAACUUUCUCUCUCAUGACACGUGGCCCUGUUUUGCUCUCUUUUUCAAGAGAUGGAACUUUGUCUUUCUUCAGUGUUUCUUUGGAAUUACAAGGGUAUUUGACAUUACUAUGCUCACUAAAACUGGCUCAAAGAAUUCAUAGCAUUCGGGCUUCUUUUUGCCCUUUGCUUUCUCUUGAAAAAGGAGAAUUUAUAGUUGCUGGAAGUGAAGAUGCGUCUGUUUACUUCUAUGACUUAACUCGACCAAAGCAUGCAUGCGUUAACAAGUUACAGGGACAUGGAUGUCCGGUUAUCGGGGUUGCCUGGAAUCAUGGUGAGAAUUUUUUGGCCUCCUCGGACUACAGUGGCACUGUCAUUGUGUGGAAGAGAGCAAAGACAGAUGACAAAAAGUAGACAUAUGUCUGAGUAAAGUUACAAAAAUACCCUCGAUUUAAAGCUUACAGAUACGAAAGAAACUUUUUUACUACUUCAACACACUUGUUAUCUCCAGAUUGAUCUAAACUUUGUAAACCUUGUAAAAUGUUGUAUGUGAAGAAAUAUAUAAUAUAGUAUAUGUUGAUGUAA